UAGUGCCACUUCUUUGCUAUAUGGAUAUUCAUGGUUAGCUUGUUUACAAGCAUUGAAAAAUUAAACCUGAGUAACAUAAGGACUGUUUUACAGUCCAAUUUAAUAAGUUAGUUGAACCUGCUUCACAUCUUAAAAUAGUGACACCACCAGAUCAAUCUGCUGCUAGUAUUGAAGGUUAGACAGCUUCUUUAGGCUCUUCAGCACUGCAAAACUUUGAGUUGUUCUUCACUGUUGUUGACAAUCUGCAAUACUAUCCAUUCAAGGACUGAGUUUCUUGGCAAGGUCCUGUAAUGGAGUUACUGAAUUUGUUCAUUACAUCAUUGAUACCAGUUGUAAAAGUACUACUGGUUAUUGCUGUUGGCUUAUUCCUUGCAACGGAACGUAUUGAUCUUUUGGGAGCAAAUGCAAGGCACCAUUUGAAUAAUCUGGUAUUCUAUGUUUUCUUUCCUGCUCUGAUCGGCUGCAGUCUUGCUGAUACGAUCACUAUUGAGAAUUUGGCUACCUUGUGGUUUAUGCCAGUAAACAUCUUUAUCUCAUGUAUAAUCGGUUCAGCACUUGGAUGGAUACUUGUAAAGAUUACAAGAACUCCUCGACACCUAAAGGGCCUGGUAAUCGCUUGCUCUUCUGCAGCAAAUUUGGGAAACAUGCUUCUCAUCAUACUUCCAGCCAUAUGUGAACAGUCGAGCAGUCCAUUUGGAGAUUCAUCCACCUGCUCUGCAUAUGGAGAAGCUUAUGCUUCACUUUCUUUAGCGAUACAAGCAAUUUAUGUCUGGUCCAUUUUGUAUUUUAUCAUGCGGACUUCUGCAAACUGUGAAGUUGAAGAAAUCAAGGCAAAUGACUGUACAAUCAUUGUAAAGACUUCUGGACAAACCACAGAAAUACUCUCUGAGACUUGCGCAGAACCUUUACUUACUUCAAAUGGUUGCUCUGGUGACAACAUAUAUCAAGUUGACUUACCUCAAAUUAGGGAUGAGGGAAAUGAGAAGAUUUCAACUUUUGGAAAGAUCAAGCAAUGUUUUAUGACCGUUAUUAGAAGCAAGAGCCUGAAGAUGAUAUUUGCACCAUCUACAAUUGCUGCGAUUGUUGGGUUUAUUGUUGGAAUAGUCUCUCCAAUUCGAAACGCACUGGUUGGUGAUAGCGCUCCCGUUCAUGUCAUCUACAGCUCCAUAGAAUUGAUAGGAGAGGCAGGAAUCCCAUCCAUUACCCUAAUAGUGGGAGCAAAUCUUCUUAAAGGGUUGAAAGGGUCAGGAGUAGGAGCAUCCCUUAUCGUAGGCAUUAUUGUUAUAAGGAAUAUUCUGUUGCCUGUAUGUGGUAUUGUUGUUGUAAAAACUGCAAACUACUUGGGUGUGGUGGACUCAGACUCAUUUUAUCAGUUCACUCUUCUACUGCAGUAUGCAAUUCCACCCGCAAUGAACAUAGGUACCAUAAGCCAGAUGCUAGGAACCGGAGAGAGCGAAUUUUCUGUGCUUAUGCUCUGGAAUUAUGUUGUGGCAGCUUUCUCUCUCACGCUCUGGACAGCCUUCUACAUGUGGCUUGUCACUUAAGUCAGACUUUGGAAUCCUGAUCGAUCUUCAUGCAUUUAUUAAUGGUCCAAGGGAAUUAAGAAGCAUUCAUCUUAGUUCUUGUGGGCAGGGCAGUCCAAUCUACCAAGUCAUUAUUCAACUCAAAUCAAAAUCAAUUUAUUUUCCAAUUGCAUUUGAUAUACUCAAAUAUAACAUCAAAGCAGUCGUGACAUGAUGUUAUAUAUUCUCUUCCCUAGGUAAAAAAAUAAAAGCUCUUCCAUCUUUAUCACUGCUUGUGUUAUAUAAUAUAUACAUGUCGGCUAUAUGUGUAUGAGUUUGAAAUAUGAAUUCCACAAGCAAAAUCAUUCUAAUUCUCAUCACGUUGAAAUGAAUACCAGAAAAUGAGGAAAGACAAACCAGCCUUAGACGUAAUUAACCACUGAUGAACUUAGUUACUGAUUUGAAAACCAUUUUCUCUUUUGCUACAAAACAAAGGCGUCUUCACUAUUCACUCUUCUGAAUAGAAUUCUUUUAAUUUCCAAAAAUAGAGGGAGAAAGAAA